ACUCCUAAACAAACCAUACAUACAUAUACAUAGAUAGAUAGACAGUAAAAAUAAAAAUAUACCCAAAUUCCAAAGGAGAGAAAACGCGUGACUUGAGAGCCAAAGAAGAACUGCUUAGACUUCUCAUAUGACGCUGGUGCAGUCCCUGAAUUAACUGGUUGAUUGUGAAGAGAAGAGGAGAAUUUUUUAUUCUGUUGAAGUCAGACUUCUGUUUAAGACUUUUGCAUCCCAUGUUUCCAAUACUUACCUCUCAGUCAGUGGACUUAGAUGGCCAGUUCCUUGAUAGGGCUACACCGGAAAAGCCAAACUAACCAGUUCCAAUUAUUAAUGGAGCAAGCAAAUAACCGUAGCAAUGAUGAGCAUGUCAUUGACAUAACGAGUAGCAGCGAUGCAUCCUCAUCAAGCAACCCCCAUGAUAGACCAGUCAAUAACUUGCUGCAUGAACAAGCUGAAGAUCAGCCAUCAACAAGCACAGCAGUGCCUGUCUCACAACAUGCAUUUUCUUCUGCUAAUAGAUCAAACUUGAGGAACUCAUCAUUUGUUCGAAGAGGAAAUGGGCGUAGCCGCCAUCGGAGUCCUCUGAAUUCCUUGCUAUGGAUAUCCAUUGAAUUAGUCUUGACAGUGAGCCAAAUAAUUGCAGCAGUUGUAGUGUUGGCCAUGUCAAGGGAUGAGCACCCACGUGCUCCACUAUCCCAAUGGAUCGUCGGUUAUGCAUCUGGGUGUGUAGCAAUUCUCCCUCUUCUCUAUUGGCGUUUUCGUCACAGAAACCAGAAUUCAGAUCAGGAUUCAUCUCAGCAGCAACAGGGUGCUUCGCAGACUGAACUCUCAGCCAGACCUUCAUCGAGUACAAGGAGUUCAGAAGUUGAAGGUCGUCAGACAACUGGUACAGCUUCUAUAGGUGGUCAAAGUAGUGGACUACAGAGCAGAAGGUUAAAGGCACUCGUUGACUACUUUAAAAUGGCACUAGAUUGCUUUUUUGCAGUGUGGUUUGUGGUUGGCAAUGUCUGGAUAUUUGGCGGACACUCUUCUUCCUCUGAGGCUCCUAACUUGUACAGGUUGUGUAUAGUAUUUCUAACCUUUAGCUGUAUCGGGUAUGCGAUGCCAUUUAUUCUAUGUGCAACAAUCUGCUGCUGCCUCCCCUGCAUUAUUUCAGUCAUGGGCUUCAGAGAAGAUCUGACUCAAAACAAAGGAGCCACACCAGAAUCAAUUAAUGCUCUUCCGACCUAUAAAUUUAAGGUAAAGAAAAACAAAAGUGGCUACAAAGAGGCUGCUGAAGGUGGGAUUGUGGCUGCAGGAACAGAAAAGGAGCGUGUCAUAUCAGGAGAAGAUGCGGUAAAUUUUUCCCGUUUUGACAUAGUUUUUUCUGGUUUAUUUGUGUCCGUUUUAGUGACAAAAUUCUCUUUUGAAGAAUGAAGAACUUUGCAAGCUUGAACCUCCACCAUCCUCCAUUUGAAAUGGGGGAAAAGAAAGAAAAAAGAGAAUUAUUUAUCCUACCAAUAACUCCCCCUCCUCUCUCUCUCUCUCUCUCUCUCUCUCUCUCUCU